AUGGCGCCACAUCGAUUCAUCGUCGCCGCUCAACUCCAAGUCAACGUCGCCUCCGUCAACUACUGCCUCGCCGCCAACCACUGCUACCCUUCCCAAUACAACGAUGGUUUUGAAACCCUCAAAUUCAUCGACGCCCAUAACUACGUCGUAUUACCCUCCAACAUUGAUCUCAACCAUUGUUUUCUCGCGGCCAACAGCGCCGGCGGCAACAUAGCCCACCACGUGGCGGUCAGAUACGGCCGACACGAGUUUGAGAAGCUGGGUAUUAUUGGUUUGGUGGAGAUACAUCCAUUCUUCGGUGGAGAAGAGCGCAGUGAAUCGAUACUCCGGCUCAGUAGAGGUCCAUUUCUGAAUGUGAAACGAAUCGACUGGAUGUGGAGGUUGUUUUUGCCAAUAGGAUCAGACCGAAACCAUGAGGCGGUGAGUGGUGGUGAUGUGUCGAAGGUGGUGAAGUUUCCGGCGACGUUGGUGGUGGUUGGCGGUGGUGAUCCGUUACAGGACUGGCAGAGGAGGUACGUUGAGGGGUUAAAGAAAUCAGGGAAGCAAGUGAAGUUGAUUAGGUAUCCAAACGCUAUCCAUGGCUUCUAUAUCUUUCCUGAAUUGCCCCAACUUUGGUACCUAAUUGCAGAGGUCAGGGACUUUAUUCAAAGCCAAUCUGCUAGAAAUGCCUAG